GAAGCACAGUGGUAACAAUGACAUGAAGCAGCGUUUUCCCUAUGAGUUGAUCUGGAGUUUACUCAAGACAGAGCAGUGCAGAGUGACCGCUGGAUAAUGAAAGCUCUCUUCUCCACUGCCUGCGCUCCAGUGUGAAAAGCGCACCGGGGGCAGGUGUGAAACCGCUGCCACACCGCAAGUGAGAGAAUCCAGCUGCUGCUCAAAGUGACCAGGCCCUCCGGCCAAAUAUGAGCUCUUCUGGCUCUUGGGGCUUGUGGAGACGGGGAUGGAUCAGCUCGCGUGGAUUUACAGGAAUCCGAGGACAACAGGGCCCCGGGGCAAGCAGUCAUGAAUUGUCACCCUCUACACAAGUCCAGAGAAGUGCUCUGAGCUCUGUAUUUCUGCUAAGCUCUGUAUUUCACUCACAUUACAACAAUAAAAAGCCCCUUUUUUGGCUCACAACAAAGCCAAAUAACUAUGAAUAAAUAAUAUUAAGGAGCUUUUGGAGAAUAGAGGUUUACCAGUAGAAAUGUGGAAGGAGAAGGUCAACUUUGCACUGUGUUCUGGUUUUCCAGACGUCUCUAGAAAGUAAUUUUCACGGCACUCAAUAUGGGCACAAAGGAAGGCAGAAUACAGUGCUGAGUCCAAUUCUCCCCAGUCCCUCAGAAUAGCAAAGGACAAAAAUCUCCUUGUGAAACUGCGUGUUCAAGUAUUAUUUGCAUAUUGUGUGGAAUUUGUUUUUUAAAUCCGUCGCAUCGUCCACUGAAGAGCUCAGAACAAGACUGGAAGGCUUCACUGAGGACAGCCAGAGAGUCCCAGCGUGAUUCCUUGUGGUUUGAAAACAGAAGGUUGUUACUGGUAAAUUAAUCUUGAAAUGCUUUUUAGAUAAAAGCGAAGUAAACCAAUUGCCUCUACCGCUAAUGGCGCCUCGUUACCAAUUGUAUUUAAUUAAGAUGAGUAAUUUACAAUGAUGCAGCAUGUAGCUGUCCACACAAACGGGUGUAAUUCACUACAACUGGUUUUUACCUUCACAUUCUGCGGGGCACAUAUCAUCUUGGAAACUGAACACGUUUGAUUUGGGUUAAAUGGCUUCAAACUGAAUUUUGUAUAGCCAUCGUAUUUUGUGAUACGUUUUCUGUGCACGACAGGCUAUACGUUCUCGUACUGUACAUCAGUGUACGGGUUUUGUACAUAAAAGCAAUGCGAACAAUAGUCCAUCCCCGUAAGGCAUCACAUUAACACAUUUUGACAACAUAAUUUGUCAAAAUUUAAAAAAAACAGAACAAUGGUAUGAAUUUGGAGUAAAAGGCGUGUCUGCUAUUUUUAAGCGUUACAAGAAUAAAGGUCCGUGCUAUUUUUACAUCGAUUGAUCUCUGCUGUUCAAAUCCCAUUGUUUUGUUUUAGAAUUGCAGCAGUCAGUUCCUGACCCGUGGUCUGUUGUUUGUCCUAUUAUUAAACUAUUGUUUAUUUGCUAAUGUGUUAUUCCCUUAGAGCCGCACAUUACUUGUCACCUGACGAGCACUGACACGUCAUUUUUAAACAGUGAAAAUGAUUAUAAAUAAUAGCUAUAAUAUAGCUAGACUAUAUAAAGCUUAACAAGAUUAAGAUCAGCGCUAAUCCAUUUGUCUUCCCUGGUUCCUGUGACUUAUUUCUGACAAGAAAAAGAUCAACUUGAAGAUAAACUUUCAUUUACGCAACACAUUUUACAAGACCUCCUUUCUUUUGCUCGAUAUGUACAGUAAAUGUCUGCUCCAAGGGAAAUAGACAACUAUCGACUGGUUUAAAUUAAAUUAUGUUUUGGUAGACACCUGAAUUAUGAUAAUCGAUGCAAUUCCAUUUCAGAAAAACCCUCCAUCGUUGUGAGCCAAUUCACUUUGCCCUUCACGAACCAUUAUGAACAAUUCACGCCUAAUAGAGAAAGCAGAUUGUCGAGCAUUUCUUUCUGCGGAGAUCAGUUUUCUCCCUUUUGUUGUAGCUGACUUAUCAGGUGCCCCGCUUCAAAUUGAAUUGCACCUGUUUGCACUUUGCAUAGAAGCAACACCGCAUUUAGAUAACUAUAAAUAAAACUGAAAUAAAGGUUAACCAUCUGCAAACGCUUUUGCACACCACGAUUAUGAGAUAUUAGAGGAAAUCACGGCGGGUUUAGUACUGAUCAUGAGGAAAUACACAGAAAUCUAUUUUACUCAAGCGGCUUAAAUUCUCCGCCUUAAGGACGGGCGCUGUGCCUGCUGUUCACCGGAGGUUCAAGUAAACCUUGAACCUCCCGAGCGGUUACUGACGCCGAGUGCUCGCAGCAUCUUGGUCUAUAAAAGCAAAGUCUGAAGCGAAAGACAUGUGGCCCCAGCUAGAUUCAAACUUGGGAGGAAAGCGAGCGCAGUGGAAUCACCAUCACCAUCGCCUUUAAAACCUCCCUAUGACAGUCUUUCUGAUUGUAUCAGUAACUCACGGGGGAUUUAAGGCUAGUGGACGUGGGGAAAGGGGUGGUCAUGAUUUGUCACUCUCCUGUGAGGCACAUUUUCACGCCUUCUUCUCGAAGUUGAGCAAUGAAAACUGGCUCCGCGCCUGUGUUUAUAGUGCGACAUUUGCGUUCUGGGCAGGCGGAGGAUAGCCGCUCGCACCGAGAGCCCCCCCUUGCCUCCGUCACCCGCCGACACGAUCUUAUCAAUCUUAAUAUUAUCAGCAAUUUGCGCUAUUGAUACCUGCCAGAUGUCAGCCUCCGCCGCCGCGACACCCUAUGGGAUGCAGAAGCGUAACUCUUGUGCGCGGAGGAUGUUGUACGAAGUGGAUCUGAGUAUCAGUUUGAAGAGGCUGUCGACUUCUCAGACCCUUUCAACGUCGUUCAAUUAAGCAGAACGCUGUGCGCCGCUGUCGGGCUCAAAUCAGCUGAUGUGUGCUGGAGUGACUCUGUACCGACCUCGCUCAUGAAUUUAGUGGACAAGGAAGGGAGGCAACCGCAGUAAAAAAAAAAAAAUCAGUCUCACGGAUGCCUUUUGCUCCGAGUUGAGAAAACCGCUUGGCCAUUUCCACCGGGCUUAGUGUUUUCCACUACUCUGGAGUUAAACCGGAGCUCGGCGAGAAAGUAAAAGCACACCGCGGGUUUCUUUGGCAAAAACUAGAUUCAUGGCUUUCGUUUGUGUCUGUAUGAGCACUCGGUGAAAGAACCUACAGACGCGGUUGCACUUCUUAUUUAUUUUUUUCCUGCGGAAGAAAUUUUCUUAGCUGGGCGAACUAUUUCGGUGCACACACCGCAAGCGGCGAUCGACUUGCUCAGACGCACCCGCCCGCCGUCGUCUCCGUGAGAUGCUAGAGUGGUUCGCUGCCGUUUUCGUCUUGAUAGCGGUGGCCUUGCUCUGGCCUGCCAAGCGGUACUUUGGAUUUGAACCCUGGCCGGGCGUCCUUCUCGGCGGGCUGGGGAGGAAGACGGCGCGGCGCCCGUCCAGAGAGCUGGACAGGUGCGUUUCCGACCCCUGUCCGGCGGCGGGGGCGCCAGCUGGAGAGGAGCCGGUGUCGCUGAUAUGCAAGCCUUCCGCCCUCGCCAACUACCUCCUCAAGCACUGUGUCACUUUCAGCAAUUUCGCGACGGCUCUGACUUGGAGCUGGAGAGCCAGCCCGUUCCUACAGACCGUCUUCAGCGCCUGCUGGCCGCUGGAGAGCUCCGUGCACUUCAUGCGAGAGUACCUGCAGCUGAGUGACGACGGGCUGGUGGCGCUGGACUGGGCGGUGGCGGGCUCGGCGCACCACCGACGGCGGAGAACAUCCAGCAACUCCACCAGUCCUAUCCUCCUGGUCAUCCCGAAUUCCUUUGGCAAAAUCACCAGGAAUGUCUUGAAGCUCUGCCAGGUGGGCCUGGCUCAUGGCUACCUCCCCGUGGUCUUCAGCCGGCGCAGCCAGAACGGGACCCCCCUCAGCACCCCCCGGCUGCAGCAGUUCGGCGACCCCGCCGACCUCCGGGAGGCCGUGCGGUACAUCCGGUACCGGCAGCCCGCGGGCCGGCUGUACGCGGUGAGCGAGAGCACGGGCGCGGGCCUGCUGCUGUCCUACCUGGGGGAGUGCGGCUCGUCCAGCUACGUGACCGCCGCCGCCUGCCUGUCGCCCAUCUUCCGCUGCCAGAGCUGGUUCGAGAGCGGCCCCCCCUGGCCCUUCCGCUGGGCCCUGCUGCUCUAUCAGAAGGCCUGCCUCAGCAGGUACAAGACGGCGCUGGGCGACAUGGUCCAGAUGGACAAGCUCUUCUCCAGCUGCUCCCUGCGGGCCCUGGAGGAGGCGCUGUUCUGCCACCCCGCGCUGACAGGCGGGUGGGAGGCCUACUGGGAGCGGAACGACCCCCUGCGGGACGUGGACGAGGUGGCGAUCCCCGUGCUCUGCCUGUGCAGCCGCGACGACCCCGUCCGGGGCGCCCCCGCCGCCACCCUCCCCUUUGAGCUCUUCGAGACCAACCCCCACUUCUUCCUGCUGCUCACGGCGCAGGGCGGGCACUGCGGUUUCUCCACGCCCGGGGAGGAGGGCGCCCUCCAGUGGAGCCACCAGGCGCUGCUGGAGUUCUUCCGUGCCACCACGGACUUCUUCGCGGCCGAGGAGCGGUCCAAGCAGGCGGCCCGCCGCAGGGGGCUGGGGGGCGGCACCAACGUCAGGGCCUUCCGCCACCGGAGCGUCAGCACCUGCAAGAGGGUGCCGGCCUGCUCCCAUAACAUCCAUGCCAUCUUCAGCUGGCAGAGGUCCUAUACUAGAUGAUGCCUGGUGCCACUGGCAAAUGCGCUACUGAAGGCCUCCUUAGAGGGUGGCAGCGGACAUUCUGGUCUUGCACGUGGGCAGAGACCCGGGAUCGAAAAUAGGAAUGGGAGACCUGAUUCCCAAAGGAAUGCGCCAUGGUGCCGGCAAGCACACCUUUCCCAGCCUGCGAAUCCGGGGUUGUCACGCUGCCGGUCACUCUCCUGACUGCCUUACCCGCAAGUGGGUAGGUCACACCGCCACCUGGCAGAUGCAUCAUGAAGCUAAAGCCCAGGGAAACUUCUUUUUUGUUUGAAACCAAAUAAAUUCCUCUGCUGGAUAUGGCCACAUCUAUCUUGUCCUCAGAGGGCAGGGAGUUCAGUUCACGUUUACCAAAAAAUAAUCACCAUCACAAAGGCGAAGAAUGAACGUGGAAGUUGUUUUGACCUCAUUUCAAGGUGUUUCUGUUUUCUGACCAUUUUACCAGAAUUAAGUUUGACACCAUAGCUGAAAAUGGGACACUCAUUUUUCGCUCUUGGGGUGAGGGGUCCUGCAGCUUGCGCCCCUGCAGAUUUUUUUUUUUUCUGGGCCUGAUCCACAGCUCAUUUCUCAAAAUGGCUGGGACCUGAGACAGUCCUUUCACCCAGGACUCUCCAGACACAAACAGGUCUUGGACACUACUAAGACACUAGAGAACAAACUGAGAUUUGGGGUGUGUGAAUUAAUGAGGGCUGCAGUUAGCACACUAGGGAGUACAUACUGCUGUUGCUCUCAUGAGCAAGGUACUCGCAUUCCUCAUUGCAGUACAAAUGACCACAAAUAUUCUGUAAGUUGCUUUAUUGUGGAAUGUGGAAGGAAAAAAACAUAAUUAAGACACAAGACUGAAUUACAAAAUACUGGGCGAUGAUAGACUAAAUUAAAAAAUAAGUGAAUUUAUGUCCAAAUUAUGCUGCAGUGAUGAAUUGGUUACAAGUACAGAAUACUUGACAGUGCUCUGACUUUGGAGUUCUCCAGUGCUUGUUUUAAUGAUGAAUUUUGAAUAGUUUUGUUGAGAUAGCUGCUGUGCAGUUAGAUGCUGUGGCUUACAUGGGUGUGGAUGGUAGCCUUCAACUACGACAAUGUGUACAUGAGCUUGGAUUUCGCACUGGCCCAUGAUCACUAGGCAGGAAACGUCCUCUCUUUGAGAGAGUGGUCACAGAAGCAUUGAAGCGAAUCAGGAAAAGGAAUUUCUUCUUCUUGGAAAAAUUCACUUAAAAAUGGAAUAGUAAUUUAGUAAUAAUUCGAACUAUUCCAUCUGCUUCAAAUAACUGUGAUCGGCGCUGCAGUAUUAAUGAGAGAGCAAUGUAUAUCUUACCACAGUGGAAAGACUCUUGGGAAAAUAUGUGUAAUACUGUUUGGUAGAUAUGGGUGUAGCCAGCAUGUUUUAUUUUUAAGUCUUGUUUCUUAACCCAGGUUUGUAUGCAAACAUGUAUUUUUGAAAGAACUGUGUUUGUGAACAGUUUUUCCUCCCUUUGUACUGUUUUGGAGACUUUUGUGUACUUAAUAAAUGAAACAUAUUUUAAAAAA